AUGACAUCUGAGGUCUUUAAGCUCAAAGGACUCUCUGAACAAGUCAUAAAUGACUACAUCAGAGGAGAUGAAGAAAGACUAGAGGCGCGUCUGGUGCAGGAAGCUGAAGAGAAGGCCAGGAAGGAAGCUGAGGAAAAAGCUAUCGCUGAAGCUAUUGAUGCAGAAGAUGAAGCUAAAGUUGAUGCUGAAGAAGCAGCAUGCAUAGCUACAGAGGAGACUGCAAAGACUACUGAAGUUGCUCUGACUCGAGGUGAGUUAUCGACAUCUGAUAUUUCUCUUAGUAGUAGUAGUAGUAGUAGUUGUAGUAGUAGUAAUAGUAGUAGUAGUAGUAGUGGUAGUGGUAGUGGUAGUGGUAGUGGUAAUGGUAGUGGUAGUGGUAGUAGUAGUAGUAGUGGUAGUCGUAGUAGUAGUGGUCGUAGUAGUGGUCGUAGUCGUAGUAGUAGUGAUAGUAGUAGUGGUAGUAGUAGUAGAUUAAGAGGAGGCGCCAUCUCCCUUGGUGCAUGCUUCCAAGGCAUUGCAUGA